AUGAGGUUGCUCUUCCUGCUCCUGCUGAUGACCUCAUCACCACGCGUGUCCUCCUCGUUUGUCAAACCAGAUUCCCCAGAGAUGAAGGGCGUCGUCUCCUCUAUAAUCCUGUCCUCCUUAGAGCAAGCUGUCAUCUUCCUGGAGAAAGACUAUACGAAUACCGAAGUGAAUGAUAUGGUAUCCCUCAGGAUCCUGCAAGUGGAGCUCAAGGCUGUUCAGAAGAUUUGGAUCAAGGACCCCCUGUUUCGGAUACUGAACCAGAAAGUAGAAAAGCUGAUUGAGAAGCUGGAUAAAUUUAUUGGCAAAUCCAUCAACAAACUGAAGCUGCUUCAACCCACAUAUGUACAAGCUUUCCACCCUCUCCUCAAGCCUGGGUUCUGGCAGCUUCCCUGUCAGUGGAUCCGUACUAAUACCUCCAUGAUCUACGAUGAGAUCCACCAUGAAGACGCCAAAGUGUUAGAUGUCAGGGACAAUUGCAUAGUGGAGCUGCUGGCAUCAAGGAUCAAUGAGGACUGGUCCUGCAGCUGCUCACAUUCCUGCGAGACCCUGGUGACUAAACUUGGUGCCUCAAACUACUACCUUUCCUACCAGCUGCGCUACUUCCUCUUCUCCAAAAUGCUCGAAUGCUCAGGGGACCUGUUCCAAAGAAACAAGCACUACAUGGACCUCUUCUGUGCCAACAUGAUGAAAAUGAACCAGGAUGCUGAGCUCAAUGGUUAUACCUUCCCUGACCACGGCCUCUUCAUGACUAACAGUGAGUGA